UUAAGUAUUUUAAUAUGACUUGAAUUUUAGUGGCGGCAUUCGAUAAAGUAUCAGCACUGCGAUAAGGUUGCUGUUGGCUCCUCUGGAAAUUUAUUAAAAAAGACUCAAGCAUUUAGUAAAAAACAACAAAAGCAUCAACAUGGUCUACACUGUCACAAGCAAGUCUGAUUUCGAUCAACAAUUGGAAAAUGCCGGCGACAAGUUGGUGGUUGUGGAUUUCUUUGCCACCUGGUGUGGUCCCUGCAAAAUGAUUGCUCCCCGCUUGCAGGAAUUGUCCAAUGAAUAUGCUGAUAAAAUUGUUGUCAUCAAGGUCGAUGUCGAUGAAUGCGAAGAUGUCGCCAUGGAAUACAACAUUUCCAGCAUGCCCACUUUCUUGUUCAUCAAAAAGAAGCAAGAAUUGGAGAAAUUCGCCGGUGCCAAUGCCGAAAAAUUAUUGGCCACCAUUCAAAAACACGCCUAAAUCAAAUACAAAUUAAAUAGCCUUAAAUUUACUUUGCUUUAUAUAUAAUGAUGAUAUGUAAACAAAAUCAAGAAAAAAUACAUUUAUAUACAUAAAUAAUUGUCAUAUAAUAAUAACUUUAAUAGACCACACAAUUCUUCUUUGCUUAUGCCUUAAGAGAAAACACACAUUCUUUUUUUUGGCUAAUAUUGUUAUUUUGUAAACCUUUUUUAAUUUAAAUUUUAUAAAUUUGGAGACAUUAUUGAAAUAUUGUUGUUUUUUUAAUCGAUUUUUUUGGCUCUUUGGAGUGGAAGGCUACUAGAGGAGAUGUUGUAUUACGUCACCAUUAAAAAAUUCUUAAAUGGCUUAGGCAAUGCCUAUUCUAGUGACCUUCCUAACACCUUUAUUAUCCUUCCACUUUUGUUUUUUUUUUUUUUUUUUUUUUU